ACCUCGGAAAAUGUGUGAAAGAAGUGCUGGUUUGUGAUGUCCUGAGGUUGUAAUGAAAUACCUCCAACAAAUACAACCAAGAUAUUAUUUCGGUCCUUGGCACGUUUUCCCCUCCAUUCGUCAAAUGCUCUCUUGAUGUCAAGGACUGCUACCGUCCCUCUGGAAGUAUAAUGUUUCUGGGCAAUUAAAAAUUUUGGAUGUGCAAAUAUUGAAAUCGUGCUAGAACAGCUUGGCUGGAAGUUGGGCGAGUUGUGCAAAACAAGUCUUCGACCUAAAAUGUUUGUUGGUCUUAUUGCUGUAUUCAUUGUUCUUCAUCUUGAUGUCACAGAAUUAAUUGAAUUGGUUGAGAAUUAAUUGUUCAGAGUUUGGAAAAGAGUGAGGUAGGAUUAUCCACAAUGCUUGACAUUUCUCCCUAAAUCUUGUUGCAAAUGUUUUCAACCUUUUGGCACUGUUCUCUGCUCAGCUACUUAGUCAUAUGCUGCUUCAGGUUGGUAUCUCCAAGUUUAGAUAUGCCAGUUGCCUUUGUGCAGUCAUUGAUCUGGAGUUGAUCCCAUGGCUUGAUUGCAGAGGUAGAAUGAAGAGUCCUGGGCCUUGGUGCUCUAUAUUAUGGUGGCAUAUACAUUUCUGCUGCUGUUGAUCCAUACUGCUUCAGUGCCAGAUUUUUUUAGCCUUUGUAUCGUUUGAGUCCAUCAAAUUGAGUACAAGAUAGUGCCCUGUCAUAAGGAUAAGGGUGUACAGUGGUUUCAUGAUUACCAUAAACUCUUACUUUAAUUUGGUGGUUCAGACAAUUAUGAUUGAAGUUCCCAGAUACUUAACAGUUUGUUGUUAACUGUAUAUAUCUUUCCAGAUAUUACUUGCAGUAAAUUUGAGAAAUUACCAUUUCUGUUUGCACAUCCGACUUGGUUUUAGGCAUGCAUUUAAAGAAUGGGUUGUUGGGUGAAGGGUCUGAGCAUUAUCAAAACUUAUAAUUGUAACUGUGUAGUUAUUUAUUGAAUCAAGUUACAGCCAUAUUGAGAUCCAGUUACUUGACAUAGUCUGUCUGGUUUGUAUUAUUUUGACCAUAAGUUCAUCAUGUCAAUGUGCCACAUGUCCAUGUAACAUAAAUUUGUAUUACAUCUGAUGAUGCAGAUCGUAGAUCUUGCAAUGGGCUGUACUGAGGUCUAUUUGAUUACUGUUAUGAUGAUGGGUGGCUGGCUUUGAGGUUGCUGGAUUGUCCAUUUUACCCAGCUGCCUUUUGGAUUCCAGUGUGUUUCGGAAGCAUUGCAAAUAAUUGAUCAUCAAAGUCAGGGCAUCACAGUGGCACAUCUAGUAGACCUGCUGUCUCAGAUCACCAGAAACCCUAGUUUGAUCCUGCCCUCUGGUGUUGGCUGUGUGGAGCUUGCACAUUCCCUUUGUGACUUCAUGAGUUUCGAGCAAGUGCUCCAGUUUUCUCCCAUAUCCCAAAGGUGCGCAUUUGUGGGUUAAUUAGCCUUUGUACACUGUCCCUAGUGUGUGGGCAGUGGAUGUGAAAGUGGGAUAACAUGGAGCUACAGUGAAUUGGUGAUUGAUGUCAGUGUGAAUUUGGUGAGCCAAGGGCCAUGCUGUGUCUUUCAAUCAAUCAAAAACAAAUGCUCCCUGCAGCUAGUACAAAAACUCAUCAUAGAUUACUUGGAGGCUACAUUUUAAAUCACUUUGGGGUAAUAUGAACAAUGAAACCUUCAAAUAUUAGAAUUCUACUAGCUGAUUGAGGUUAGUGCCAAAGUCUAACUUGUGACCUGCCCUGGGAUGCUUGUUUUACUAUUUUAGACACUUUUUUUUGUUCAGGUAUGUCGGCCUUUUGCUUUUCUAGGGGCUGGAUCUGGUUUUAAAUUUAGCAAACUUGCUUCAGGUUUGGUUUGUUGGGUGUGAUCAAACUGGUGUAUCAAUGGCAUGGCAAAAUAACUGCUAAAUUGAACUCUGAAAUUUAGAUUUUAACCUUAUUUAAUGUUUUGUCGUCUAACGGAUGUUAUAAAAUUUGAAUACCAAUUAAUGUAAGCAUUGAUUAAACACAAGGUCAUAAUUGAUCGAUUUUCUUUUAAGGUAACGUGGGCAAAUGGGGGCAAUGCAUAUGAUGUCACAAACUAAAGUCGUAUGAACAGUCGAUCGAUGGGGAGCAACAGAGAACUACCUCUUUGCGUCACUGCUUCAUCUCUGUACUACAGAAACUCCUCAAUAAUGAAACUGAUAUUAACUGAAUGGCAAUUAAUAUGGAUUUUUAAUAGACAAUAAACAAGCAAUAAUCCAAAGUUUCUACCAAAUAGUUUGCAUCUGGUGUAUGGUUUUGAGUAUACCUUUGAAGGAAAUGGUGGAAGAAAACUAUUAAUCCUACAACUGAAACGGAAAACACAAGGAAAAACAAAAGUUUUUUUCAAAAGCAGAUUUAUUUUCUUAUGGCAGCAAUGGCUCCACAGAAUGAUGAUGAUACAGGACCUAUGCAAACACAAGAAUUGCUCACAAAAUUGAAAAAGAAAGUCGAUGAAAAUGGUGAUGAAGCAGUUAGUGAGGGAUCAAUCGAUCAUAUUCCCAUCAAAUUGUGGGUGAUGCAUGGUGCAGUGAUGUUUGGCAGAGAGUUCUGUUAUGCAAUGGAAACUGCCUUGGUAACACCAGUAUUGUUGCAGAUAGGUCUUCCAGAACAAUAUUACAGCCUCACAUGGUUUCUAAGCCCAAUCCUAGGACUGAUCUUCACUCCACUGAUAGGUUCGGCUAGUGACCGUUGCACUUUGAGCUGGGGCCGCCGUCGCCCCUUCAUCCUAGCUCUUUGUAUUGGAGUCCUCUUUGGAGUUGCACUAUUCCUAAAUGGCUCGAUCAUAGGUUUAGCCAUUGGGGACAUCCCUGAUCAUCAGCCAAUUGGCAUAGUCCUGACUGUUCUAGGUGUAGUAGUAUUGGACUUCUGUGCAGAUGCAACAGAGGGACCAAUCAGAGCUUACUUGUUGGAUGUGGCAGACACAGAGGAACAAGAUCUGGCACUCAAUAUCCAUGCAUUUUCUGCAGGCCUUGGUGGAGCUAUUGGCUAUAUGCUGGGUGGCUUAGAUUGGACGCAAACUGCUCUGGGCCAGAUCUUCAAGUCACAACAACAAGUCCUCUUCUUCUUUGCGGCCAUCAUCUUUUCUGUCUCUGUUGUUUUACAUCUUUUCAGCAUCGAGGAGGAGCAGUAUAACCCCCAACAAGACCGCAUUGAUGAAGAAACAGAUGCACACUCGAAUGCUAAUGCAAAUGAAAGUCUUUCACCCCUCCCUCGGCUGGACCUGCUCCACAAAGAACGGCAUUGCAACACUGCAGUUUUUCCUGAUGAAACUUGCUCUAUGCAAGAUGUCAACCUCGACUUCCUGGAUGUAAAUAUUGGGCGGAGCCAAAGUGACUCUGUUUUGCACAUGUCUGAUGCGACAAUAGAAAUUGAAUCAGAAUUAUUUUUUUUGCGAGACAUCGAACCUUCUAUUUUCCAGGACCAUUGUGAUAGUCUCUGUCAAUCCUCGGCAAGUAUACCCAAAAGUUGCAACCAUGAGAUUAUAUCCAAGUUCAAUCACAUCACUAGUUUACUCAGGGAACAAGAAUUUGAAGGUGUUUUAAAAGAUGAUCUUAAAACUUCCAAAGUGGCAAAUGGGGUAUCUGAAGACGGCACAAAUGAUAACAUUAACCACCAUACUUGUAUGGUUGGAAUGAAACCAUCAGCAACCAGCAGUUCCAUGCGCAGACGGAGGCAUGUGUUCUACCGGCAGUCAUCUCACACCUUCUCGUACUACGGCAAGAUGGGAUCGCAUCGUUACCGCUUUCGUCGUGCCAAUGCCAUUGUCUUGAUCAAAUCCUCGCGCAGCAUGAAUGACUUGUACGAUCUGCAGAAGAAACAAAGGCAACGUCAGAGACUACGGAACCAGAGUGGGGUGACCAAUGCAAGCAGUGAUACAGAAAGUGAAGGAGGAGAGUCUGAGACGACUGUAAAGCUUCUGUGGUUGUCUAUGCUGAAAAUGCCAAAGGAGCUUAUGAGGCUAUGUAUUUGCCAUCUGGUAACAUGGUUUGCUGUCAUUGGAGCUGCUGUUUUCUACACAGACUUUAUGGGGCAAGUUAUUUAUGGAGGAGAUCCAAAAGGACCUUCAAAUUCUACUGAACUUUGGAACUAUAACCUCGGUGUACAGAUGGGAUGCUGGGGACUUGUUAUUUAUGCUAUUACUGCUGCAAUCUGUUCAGCCAUUUUACAGAAGUGCCUGGAUAACUACGAUUUGAGCAUUAAAGUUAUCUACAUUUUAGGAACACUUGGGUUUUCGAUUGGUACUGCUGUGAUGGCUAUCUUUCCAAAUGUUUACGUCUCGAUGACAAUGAUCAGUACAAUGGGAAUAGUGUCUAUGUGUAUCUCCUACUGCCCUUAUGCUCUACUUGGCCAAUACCAUGAAAGCAAAACAUAUAGGAAUCACAGUCCUGGAAACUCCAAGAGGGGCUUUGGAAUAGACUGUGCGAUUCUUUCCUGUCAAGUUUAUAUUUCCCAAAUACUGGUAGCAUCAGCACUGGGUAGUGUGGUGGAAGCAGUUGGUUCAGUUCGAGUCAUCCCGAUUGUGGCAUCGAUUGGUUCUUUCCUUGGCUUUUUAUCUGCUUCAUUUCUUGUGAUAUAUCCUGGAAAUCAAGAAGACCCCGUGGAGGAAGGGAAUAAAGACAAGUUAAUGGCCUCUUCAGUAAACAAUAGGAAAAAUACAGAGAAGCCGAUUGUUUUGAAGUUGACUCGUAAAGGCGCUGUCUCUGAAGUGGAGAUUGAAUCGGCUGUUUAAUAAAACAUUCCAGAAAGAGCAUAAUCAAAAAACAUGCAAUAGAUUUCCUGUCCUUCAUUACUUUUGCUGUCUUAACCCACUUUGUGGAAAAGAAAAUGCAAAAACAACCAUAAUAGAUUCUGGUAAACAACUGCUCUGGGAGUGUAUAUGAUGAGCAAAAUAGUUUCAUGAGUAAUUUUUUGUGAAAAUUUACAUGUCAGGAUAAAUUUAACAAUUUGCUUUUGUGUACCUUUAGGUACAGUAAGGCAUUGAGUAAAUAGAUGGAUUUUUGAUACAUUUAAAAUAUAUUAAACUGCUACCCAAACAUGCUGUUUUGUAGCGAGUGAAAUGUCUGUUUUGCAGUAAAUAAGAUACUGCAUUCCAUAAGCCUUGAAUUGCACCGUUGCUGCUUCUCCCAGUUUGAAGUUUUGACUGCAACCAUUAUAAAUAGCUUUAUAAUGGCAAUGGAACUAGAUGGAUCCUCUGACUUCUCCUAGUUAUGGAAAUGAUAAAUCAGUAAUAAUCUGAACAACGUGAUUAUUUGUCUGGGCAACUUCAAUCUUUCAGACUGCAUUAUGCAAUCAUCUUUCCUCGUGACUCACUCGGUUGAAGAUACCAUAUGUACAUACUUCAUCAAAUAAAAAAGAAAUAAGCUGCCAAAUGUUUCACCUUG